AUGGCUAGCAACAUAAACCAUAAUGGUGACGUGGAUUUGAUUUUAAAAGCAACGGGUGAUCAAUGCAAAAACAUUGAUGCAUUAUAUAAAACACUCAAGCAAGAAGUUGAACACCUUCAACCAGGCGGCCAACAUAUUGGACAAGGUCAGCAUGUAAUAAAUAGUAGUAUUGUUCAAGUUCAAUGUAAGAUUAUUGACAAAUUUAUUGAGUCAGAUAUGCCUGACGUGAGAGAAGAAAUCCAAACACUGAACGAAAACCAUCUUAUAGUUCAGGCUCGUAAAGGCACCAACUUGUUUAGUAAGAAUGGUAUGGACUUUAUCGUAAAUACGACAGCUCACAUUCCAGAUGCGACAUACGUUGACCGCAAUGCUCCAAUUUAUCGAGUUUUCUUUAGUCUUCUUUGUGGACUAGCUGUCAACCACAUGAAACAUCUUAUUACAACAAAAAAUAUAGGUUCUCCAUAUAAAACGAUGCUUCAACAUGUCUGUACGAUGAUGAGCCAGAAUGAAAUCUAUGUGGAUAGGGAUGCACGCGAAUACUGGUUAGAUCACGAAAAGGGUAACAAGCAGGCUUAUCGAAAUGCUUUUGGUGAAGUUCAGCGAAUGCUAGAUCGAUUGGAACAAAAUAUAUCUCAGUGGGUUGGGCAGCUUCGGGAGCUUCGAGAGCGUCGUAACAAUAGGAUCAGUGACAAUUGUUAA